AUGCAGUCUACAGAAUGCAAUGUGCUGACAUGGCAGAGCUUAAUGAGCCACACACAAAGCUAUGUGUCAUGGUCAGUCUAUAAAGAGGUCCUGACCUGUAAGUGGGCCUCAUCUGCUCUGAACCAACUCAAUAUGGGCAAGAUUAUCUUCUUUGAGGAAAAGAACUUCCAGGGUCGUCACUUUGAGUGCAGUAGUGACAGCGCUGAUUUGCAGGCCCACGUCACCCACUGUAAUUCCAUCCGUGUAGAAAAUGGUUGCUGGAUAGCUUAUCAGAAACCCAAUUAUACUGGCUACCAGUACAAGCUGCACAAGGGAGAAUACCCUGACUACCACCACUGGGCAGGCUUUAAUGAUUGCAUCCGGUCCUGCCGCAUGCUGCCCUCUUAUCAAGGAAACUAUAAGGUGAAGAUCUUUGAACGUUCUGAUUUUGGAGGCCAGGCCUUGGAGCUUGUGGAGGAUUGCCCAGACCUGUUCAUGCGUUUCCACAAUGGUGACAUCUUCUCUGCCAAUGUCCUUGAAGGUUACUGGAUCCUUCAUGAGCAUCCCAACUACAGUGGGCGCCAGUACUUCCUGCACCCGGGGGAGUACAAGAGGUUUAGUGAGUGGGGCAGUACCAGUCCUACUACAGGCUCCUUGAAACGGAUCACUGAGCUCAACUGAAAAUAUUUUUUGUUUAACACAGCCAACUAAUCAUACCUACUUGUCACAUGCUUCCAGUAUGUCCUGAUCUUUACAGCUGACUAUGGCUUGAGUGUGGAAUCACUAUGUAGCAUAAUUUUAUGUUGUUUUUCUUCUUUUGUCUCUGUUUAAGAUUUGCAUUAGGUGAAAAAAUGUAUGCAUUGUUUUGUUUGAUGACAAACCUAAACAGAUAAACCUUUAAUGCUAAAAGCAAGAUUAAAUUAAAUGAAAUUACUUUUGUACCUUCAAAUUACAUAAUGG